CCCUCUCUGUCUCCACGUGCGAGGCAACAAUGGGUAUUGAAAUACCACUUGACCCCGAAAGACACGAAUUCAUGCGCUAUAACAAUUAUUGGGUUGUAUAAUACCGAAUAUCGCUGUGUCGUUUGAUAGAUGCAUUUUCGGUAAAUCUCGCUCUCUAACCUAGUUAACCCAAGUAUUUAAGGACGCAUCUACCCGUAAACAAGUAAACAUCUAUCUACUGAGAAUUUCCAUCGACAAAACCCAACUAGCAACAUUGACUCCCAAACCAAGCCAUGGCUUCCGCUGGCCCCAAGAUCGGUGUCAUCAUCUGCAGCGCCCGCACACCACGCGCCUGUCCGCAGAUUGCCAACUUCAUCAUCGAAACAAUCAAACCCGCCAGCCUACCUACGCCGUCUAAUCUCCAGCCGCCAUCCCUUACAGUGAUCGAUCUCCAAGAAUGGAACCUCCCCAUGUUCAACGAAUCUGCCGUCCCCUCCCAGAUUCACUCUUACACCGAGUACGACCACGCCCACACCCAGAGCUGGAGUCGGGAAAUCCAGCGCUACGACGCCUUCAUCUUCGUGACCCCUCAGUACAACUGGGGUUACCCAGCGGUAGUCAAGAACGCCAUUGAUUACCUAUUCCAUGAGUGGAAAGGCAAGGCGGCCAUGAUUGUGAGCUAUGGCGGGCAUGGCGGCGGCAAGGCCAAUGCGCAGCUGAAGCAGGUGCUCCAGGGGGUACGAAUGAGACCGAUCGAGAAGACGAUCGGGCUGGCGUUUCCAACUAAAGAGCUUCUAGUGAAGGCUUCGAGUGGGGGAGACUUAGAGCUGGUUAGUGGUAGCGGAACGUGGAGCGCUCAGGGGGGGAGUAUCAUCGAGGCUUACAAGGAGCUCUUGGAGGCGGUAUCUGCAGAUGUUGUUUCUCUAUGAAAUCUGAACUAGAAUUCUCCUCACAAACUAGGCCCCACUUGUAUUCGAUUGGAUUUGAUAUCAUAGAAGGAGAAUAUUUGAAUAUAAAUGCUGGCCUAGAGAGUGACGGUCGACUUGAUUAAAAUUUAUAAGAGGCCGAAACAUUAAG